AUGUCAGGAAACACUCAAUCAAGAGAGCCAAUCCUCCAAGGCAUGACGUUGAAAAGGAAGUCGUCUCAUGUGGCCGGAGUAUCUAUCAUCCUCGAACCCCUUGAUACGGCAGUUAAUAGUAGGACCUGCUUCCAUCCAUCACUCAAUUCUAAUGCUUCCGCUUUGGCAUCAGCAUCACAAAAUAAAAAUGUUCCAUCCGUCAACGAUUUAAUAAACUCCGCCCGCAAGAUUGGUAUCUCUCCUACGGAACACCUCCGCGCCGCCUCUUCGCUCAGUCCCUCUUCUCAUACCCUCCCUCCUCAAAUCCGCCAUCUCCUCUCCCAUCCCGAAACACCUUCCCCCACUCCCCGCAGGCCCAUUCACAGUCGGCGUUUCGAUGCCAAUGGGCGUCGCAUUCCAGCAGGCCCUGCUCCACCCAGAAGUUGGCUUGAAGGAAGUAGGCAUGCGCCUGCUGAUGUGCGAAGGCGAUUCCGCUUACAACAGAAUGGAGAAGAGGGCCGAUUAUUCCAGAGAGCGGUGGAUUGUUUUCCUGGUCUGAGUGAUGGCAUGAAUGGCAAUGGGCGAAACGGGGGAAGGAGCCUGCUAGAGAUAUGUUUAAGAGGAUUGGCAAGGGACUGGGAGGAAAUGAGUGCUUAUGAGUCAAAUAACUUGUCCAUGUUGCCGGUAGGGUUGAGGAUGGCGCUUUUAAGUUAUAUCGCAGUUUAUGGGCCGGAGGAAGGGGUUGGAUUUCAAGGGUUGAAGAGCCUACUUGUUUCGCCGUUAGAGGAAGAAAGCACAAGUGAAAGUACAGGUGCACAAGAAGGACGAAUCGAGGAAGAGACGGAAAAUUGGGAAGAAGAAGCUGAUGGAAGGUCUGCUGGAGGGAACAAUGAUGAUUUCUUUCGAUUGGAUCUUGGUGGAUCAGUGGGAAGGUCGAUUAGCUUGAAACAGCUGUCAACCCUUCUCGCAGCUACUCCUAUAAAUAAAGAGACAAUACCUCGAUCUCUACCAGCAAUCCUUCCACACCUUACCCAUCUAUCACUCUCACAUCCUCCACGAUCUAUUUCUUGGCCUCGUCUUCUCGCUAUCACGCCCCAUCUCAAAACCAUUACUCACCUCUCUCUGGCUUACUGGCCCGCUCCCUCACUUACACCAAACUCAAACACUACUGUUUUUGAGUCUCCGAUACUCGGAAGGAGAGAUAUUCAAUAUGGUGCUAGUAAUAUGUAUUCACGGACUUUAGAUGGAGAUUUUUCGGAGUCCGCAUUGGUAUUGAAGAAAGUAGCGAGCGGAGUCUACGGACUUGAGUAUUUAGAUUUGGAAGGAUGCAUCGAUUGGAUACCAGCAUUAGAGGAUGUCAAUGGGGUUGAUUGGGGUAAUCAGUGGAGAAGACUGAGCACUUUGAUAUUGAGGAGUGGGAUGAGGGAAGAUGAUCUGGAUUCCGAGGCGUCUGGUUUUGAAGGGUGGUCUGAAAAAGAGAAGCACGUUUAUGGGAAGGCUAUAUCGGAUGGGUUGCAUGUCGAGCAUUAUAUCAAUAGGAUGAGAAAAAGCAAAGGGUUGCAAUGGAUGAAUAUCAUUGUCGAUCCGGAUCCUAAAGGGAUUAGAUCGAGGGUUCCUAAGGAGUCUUCAGAAUCGAUUGCUACAGGUGCUGCUACUAUAAAUUGGAAUAACGAGUUGAUUACGCAUCGCAUGGCGUUUGGUUGA